AUCAAAAUCAAAAACAAUGCAGAAAAAAUACUGGAACCAAAAGCUCUAGAAGAGAACUUGAACUUACAUACAAAUUUUGUGACAAGGCAAAGAAGGUUCUUUAUGAGGCAAAAGAGAGGUUUCCGAAGGAGCCUGCCAUUUGGAUUACUGCUGCAAAGUUGGAUGAGGCAAACUCAAAUUCUUAUACAGUGACAAUCAUAACUCAGUUGGGUAUCUUGGAGGGUAUCAUGGCCUUGGAGAAACAAGGAUUGGUGAUUAACGGGGAAGCUUGGAUGAAAGAGGCUGAGACUGCUGAGAGAGCAGGACCAGUAGCAACUUGUGUUUCCGCAGGGAAGAUUUUUUGGUUGGAAGCAGCUGGACUUGAGAAGAGCCACGGGACUUGGGAGUCCCUUGAUGCUUUUCUGUCUAAAGCAUUAGUUCAUAGGACAGUUAAUGAGGUUCUUUUGCUUUUGGAUGAGAGGUUGCUUUAUGGCGUAUUGUAUAAAGCUCGUGCUUUUUCUCUUAAAGUUCAUCGUGCCUCAAAUUCUGAUUUUGAGAAGUUUAAGCUUGAGUGUAAGAAUCAUGAGCCUGAGGGAGGCAUACUUCUUGCUAAGGCUCAAGAAACAGGAAUUGGAAUGAAAAUCUGGAUGAAUUGUGUGGUUGAUGCUUGGGCAGCUGGAGGACGGCUUGGUGAAUUGGAAAAUGCUAAGAAGGUUUAUGAGUCAGGUUUGGAGCAUUGUCCCAGUCGUAUACCUCUUUGGUUUUCUCUUGCCAAUGUUGAAGACAAAAUUAAUGGAAUAGCUAAAGCUUGUGCUGUUCUCACUCUUGAAAGGAAGAAUAAUCCACAUCGCCCUGAACUAUGGCUUGAAGCCGUUCGUACUGAGUUAAUGCGUGGUAACAAGAAGGAAGCUGGUUUGUUGAUGGAAAGAGCAUCAGAGAAGUGUCCAUAUAGAGGUGCAUUGUCCGCCGCAGCAAUUGAGAUGGUUCCCUGGCCGAAACGUGGCAGCAAGAUUAAAGCUGCCUACACCCACAUGUGGGGCGAAUGCCCAUGUCAGUGAUGCCGAGGCCAAGUUAUAUUGGCACGAUGAUAAGGUGGAUGAGGCUAGGUCGUGCCUCCAUGAAACAGUGACACUCGAUCCCCCUACUGGUGAUUUUUGGGCAUUGUACUGCAAAUUUGAACUUGAACAUGGGACUGAGGGGAAGCAGAAGAAUGUGUUGCUGCAGCACCAUUGCUUGGUUAGAAAUAAGAAGCAAUUUCAUAUGAUGUGGGGAACUUCCACUAAUCAACAGAAACAAUUUUG